UGAUUGCGAAUUGGGAGGGAGGUAAGUUAGCUGUACCUGUACGCGACAACUCUGUCGGCCAAAUCAAUUCCAUCUUCUUCUUCUUCUUCAGAGGGUUCUGUUUCUCUUCGAUCUCAGAGAGGAUCUCAUUCCUCUCUCUCUCUCUUUCUCUCUCUCUGAUCACUUGCAAUUUCUGCCAUAAAGGCAGCCUGCUACGAAUCUGUCAUCUUAAUUUAUAUAUCCAACUAUUCAUCAAUACACACACACACGCGUAUACACAUUUAGAGAUCACUGGUCCCCCCCCCCCCCUUCUCCCCCAAAUUCGAUUGGUUCAUAUAUAUAUAUAUUCAUGUCGGAAUCCGAUAAGGAUGCAUCCAACGUUGGCGGCGAAGAUAGGGUUGGUUGCGGGAACGAGGGGGGCGAAGACGAAGAGGACGGCGACGUAGAUGAUGGAAUUGGGACUGGGAUUGAGAGGAAAAAGCAGAAAACACAGAGACAUGGGCGUGGGAUUAGGAGAGCUACGCGCGCGAUAUUCCUCUCUCCGCUGGGAAGAGCCAAGAAACGACUUCUACCAUACAGAGGAAAUGCAGGAGGCAGGAGGUUUGGGGGUGGUGGUGGUUGUUACUUGUGUUUAACGCGGCCUCAAACUAUGGAAUCGCCGGCGGAGUCGCCGGGAAGCGACCCCAACAGUCCAGAAUUCACUUAUGAGCUAUUGAAAGCCCUCAUAGAGAACAACGAUUUCUACUCGAAGGACUGCAAUCCCCACUUGAUAGUAAAUUAAAAUGCAAUCCCUAGCUAUACCUAUACCUCCCUUAAUCCCCUUUUCCCUUCAAUUUUCUUCAUCGACGGAUUGAUCCGUCCCAUUCAUCCAUAUACAUUGUGCUCGCGAUGCUGCUAUUCGAUCGUUCAGAAAAUUCGUAAGAGCUUUUUUCCCCUUUCUUUCUUUCUGAAAGAAUUCCCAAAUCAAUUAAUGAAGAUAUUUGAUGGAUCUGCUCA